AGAGAGAGAGAGAAGUCUCUAUCUAUAUAACAAAACAAACAACAAUAAUAAUAUGAGUUUUUGAGUUGAAAAUUGAAGUUUUAGAGAGAGAAACUAGAGAGAGAGCAUGGGAAGGCCUCCAUGCUGUGAUAAAGUGGGCAUCAAGAAGGGUCCUUGGACUCCAGAAGAGGACAUCCUUCUUGUCUCUUACAUUCAACAACAUGGCCCUGGUAAUUGGAGAUCUGUUCCCACUAACACUGGUCUCCUGAGAUGCAGCAAAAGUUGCAGGCUCAGGUGGACCAAUUAUCUUAGACCGGGAAUCAAGAGAGGUAACUUUACUCCUCAUGAAGAAGGAAUGAUCAUCCACUUGCAAGCUUUAUUGGGUAACAAAUGGGCUGCAAUAGCUUCGUAUCUUCCACAAAGGACGGAUAAUGAUAUUAAAAACUAUUGGAACACUCACUUGAAGAAGAAGCUCAAAUCUGCUUUUGAAGAUAAUAAUUCUCCUCAUACUUCCAAAGCUUCAGAUCAUCACUCAACAACUUCUGAAUUUUUCUCAAAGGGUUUCUUUAGUGAUUCUUCUUCCAAGAGGACAACCUUGGAUUUCGAUUCCGCCACCUCCUCCUCCGCCGCCUCAUGUUUCGGCAUGAAUCGAUCCUCCACCGCUUCGCCGUCGUCGUCAACUUAUUACUCGAGUGCCGAGAAUAUCUCGCGCCUACUCGAAGGAUGGAUGAGAUCUUCUCCAAAGAAAAACGAUGAGAAUGACAACGAUAACAACAACGAGAAUUUAUUCUAUUUUCACGAGAAACAAAGUCAUGAUGGAGAUUGUCCCAUGGUUUCCAUCCAAGGCUUAAAACCGAAAACCGAGCAAGAUGGCGGCGACGGGUUAGCAGUCGGGAAGGAGAUCGAGUCGUCCAUCGCAUCGGCCGAGAACUUGAACAAUGAUGACAAUAAUUUUGAAGUUGGUAAGAUGAAGAAGAAGAUGAGUUAUGAAAGUUGUGAGAAUGAUAAUAUUAAGCAAAAUAGAAGUGAAAAUAACAAUCAAAAUAAUCCUCCAUUGUCAUUUCUUGAGAAAUGGCUGCUUGAUGACACUGCUGUUCAAGUAGAGGAGAUGAUGGCAUUGUCACCAAUGUUCUAACAACUUUGUUAUUAUUAUUAUUUUUUUCAAUUUAAACUUUUUUCAAUUUUAGGGUUUGACUACAAUGGGAGAUCAAUUGAAGAGAGAUGUUCUUUUUCUCUCAAAAAAAAAAUGUGAUAAUAUUUAGAUUUAA